GUGUUGACUACGCGUGAACAGGGAUAAGCUGUUCUCCAACUUCGUACUAAUUUUCAUCUUGAUUUAGUAAGCAAUAAUGAGCGGAGGUUGGCAACCACACUCGAGGAGGGGUCCAAUUGCUGCAGAGUACAGCAGUCCAGGGCCUCGCUAUAUGGUGCCAGGAUCUACUGGUCAGAGGUAUCACGAUUACACCAAACAUCAGGCCCCUGCUUACAGCUUCGGUGUACGCCAUGCAAGAUUUACAAACGAUUGUAGCCCAGGGCCAGGUUAUUUAGUCAGUCCCCAUAUAACUAGAACUGGUUCCGAUGGCACGCCGCAUUACUCGCUGUAUGGUAGACCGUCUGAUGUAACUGCUUUCAGAACCCCAGGACCAGGAGCAUAUUCACCAGAACAUGCCGGAAAAUCCGCUAAGAAAUCUGCACCAGCAUAUUCACUAGCAUCACGAACGAAAGGUUUUAAAUAUGAUCAGCAACCAGCACCAAAUGCAUACAGUUUACCCAACAUUCUCGGUGCCAAAGCUAUCGGAAAGACAGCUGCUCCAGUCUACUCAUUGACAGGAAGGAGUAAGAUUGGUAGUUUCCACGAAGAUCUUCAAAAAACACCAGGACCUGGUACCUACCGUGUUACUGAUCCAAAUAGCUACAAGAAAUCUGACCCACAGUAUUUGACAGCAAGGAAUCAACUACCAAGUGAUUCAACAAGAAAACCUGGCCCCGGAGCUCAUAGUCCAGAAAAGGUCUUUAUCAACAAACCACAAGCGCCUGGAUUUUCGUUUGGAAUCCGUCACACGGAAUACGUGGCCCCUCUUAUCGUGGACCCAGUUGAUUGAAUCAUGUAAUUGAUAAGGACAAUAAAUAUAAACAACAAACAUAAAUUGGAGUGUAAAAUUGUUAAAUACACAAUAAACUGUAAAGUAUAAUUUAUCUCUUGAAAUGUCCUCGCCAGAAGUUGUUACAAGUGAAAUCUUGUUCAGUAUUAGUUUAAUUUUAUUUUUUCAACACCCCAGCUGACUUCACAGGAACCAUUUAGUUUUACUAAAAUGUCAGUGUGAAUUACUUAUUGCUGAAAUAAGCAAUUAUUAUUUUUUUCCUGUAUUAUCUGUUACUGGUGUGUGGGGUAUGUGGGAAUGUUCUUUACAUUGAACAUCAUGAAAAACCCAUCAAAAAAAAACAUGUACAUGGUUAACACAGUUAGGUAGUAUAUCCGAUCCGUAUUACUGUCACCACCGUAUGGUGUUUCAAAACAGCAACAUUGCCAGCUAAAAUGCUGUUUAGUUUGCGAUGCAUGUCUUGAGAUCGUUAUGAAGUUAGAACAAGUUUGUGAAACCAGCCUCUACUGUUAGACAUCAAACUAAUAGUGAGUGAAUCAUUGAAUGUAAAUGUAAGAUCAUGAUGCAAUUUCCAUAUCAUUCAAUAAAUUGGUACUAGUAUAUGAAAAUGUAUGUAUUGACACAUUCUGAAAUGCCAGGACACAAUUGCUGGUUUGUCUAGUGUGUGGCAUCACUUUUGUAAAUGUUCUCAUUUAGCCGAACGAUUUACCGUAAAACAGUUCUACCUAACCACGGCUAUGAACUUGAGAUGCGCAUAGCGAAACAGUCAACAGCUUAGCUGGCAAUGUUGCUGUUUCUCUAUUUGGAAAAUAUGGAUGUGACAAUAAGAGUAAUUUUGAUCAUGGUGCAAACUGUGUAAAUUCAAUAAAAAGCCAAUAUAGGAGGGGAUAGAUCAUUUACAUGUUUUUUUGUUUUGUUUUGAAGUCUGUGCUAUGCAGUAUCUAUAUUCCAGCCAGGGUUGGGACAAGGGGUUGGGACAAGGGGUUGGGUGGGAGGGAGUUUACAUUUAUAUACAAGUAUUUUCAUAUAUGCAAUGUCCGUCCUUGUGGGUUGAAGUGGUUAAAACCCCCUUCUCUUUUCAACCAUGAUUUUAGUUCAUCUCUAAAGUAUUGUAUAAUAUUAGUAUGAGUUUGCAACAGUUUUAAAAUCGUGAUAUGUGAAAAAAAACAAAUUGUCGGCAAAAGGCAUUUAGUUGAAACAAGUAUUUGGGUGGGAGGGAAUGGGGGAUUUCAACCUGUGUUUUCUUUGUAGUAUAAAAUGAGUGAACUUUGAUGUCUUUUUGAAAACAACACUAUAGCUUCUUGCCUGUAAAUUAUACUAAAUUAAUUUAUUCUUGGCUUGAGGUAGCUUCUCUAGUAGGUCACUGAUCUUCAAGAACUUAUCGGUAAUUGGUUAAAGAUGGAUGACCUGGCCUAAUUUUUAUCAUGGAUUUUUAUUUAACUCAGGUGAUCGCUUAAAAUAGGAGUGAAGAUGCCAUGUAGUUCUUGAAAAUCAAUGGCGUUUCUAUUUUUAACGAAUGAAAACUAUUGUAUCUAUAUCUUCCAACGAUGUGAAAUAAAAGCUUUAGAAUUUUAUACAAAUAAA